AUUUGGAGCCCGGACUGGGCAGGAGGGCGGCCCUGAGUCCGACGAGGGGUCGGGAGACCGCCUCAGUCGCCAUGCUGCCUCCGGGAGUGAGGCAGGGGCACGCGCAAGUCACCAGGGGUGACUGCAUGACAGAGUCCAAGAGCGUCUGGGAACUGCGCUUCGCUUACAAGGCGAGUCCCAGACCCCCGUACCUGACGGCCACGGACUACGUGUUCUACGUGAAGAGGCAAACCCAGAGGGACCAGCACCACAGGGCGUGCUCCAACGGCAGCGACUCGUCCGCUUCCAAUGGCAUCGUGCUGAGUCAGGAAGACGCCAUGGUGGAGCUCACCAACUUCACCGAGCUCAUGCGCAGGCUCAAGGAAGACCUACGGUCGUCGUACAGCAGCUUCGUGGAGGAGUUCGUCAGCGAACCUAACGACGGAGUCACGCUUCUGCUGGAUCUGCUGAAGACGUAUCGACGGUCGGCGCCCGAAAACUCCCGCUGCAUCUCCACCAGGGCGCGCCAGCAGCAAGCCAAAAAAGCGCAGUCCGAAGAAUUGGACUGUCUUCAGUGUCUCUUGUACGCCCUGCGAUGCCAAAAAUCGUUGCCCAAGAUCAUCAGUCACGGAAGUGGCCUCUGCACCAUAGCCUCUGGAAUCAUGUCCAACUGCAGCAAAUCCCGCAAGCUGGCGCUUGAGCUCCUGGCCAAGACGUGCGAAGAGCACCCCGCGGGCCAAGCCAUGGUCCUCGAGGCGAUGUCUUCGGUGCGCCUGAUUUUCGGCGAGCCGGUUCGCUUCAAGUUCCUCGUGGCGAUGCUUCUCGGAGGAGGAAAGAUGACUGCGGGCUUCGAGUUCUCCGUGAUGUACUUCUUCAACAUCCUGCUCUCGAACAGCAAGAGUCCCUCCGAGAAAGUGAGGCUACAGAGCGAGCUCGAAGAGGCCGGACUGGACGUCGUACUUCUUGAAAAGAGCCUUCAGGACAAAGGCGUUCCUUCGACGGAUGGAGUCUGGGAGGAGAUUGGACGCUGGAAAAGGAACUACCUGGACGUCGGGACUGCGCUGACCGAGCACAAGCGAGUGGGCAGCGAGAACGGGAAACUCAGGACGGAGGUGGAACUGUUGCGCCGGGCCCUCAGAAAGUUGGAAGAGGACAAAGUGAACCUGAUGCAGGCUGAGCGGGAGCUAAAGGAGAAAUGUGAAGGUCUGAAGCAAGAAGUGAUCACCCUCAAGAAGGUCAUCGAAGAGCCCAAGACGUCGUCGAAGACUUCAGACACGGAGGACAGCGACCAGAGUGACGCGCAGGCGACCGACUCGGGCCGCUCCAGUUUCCUGGAGUACUCGACGGAGACCGAGCAACCCGCCGGCGAAGAAGUGAUCAUCGACAUACCCACGAUACGGCCCCCGGCCGGGUUUCAGUCGGACAACGAAGAGCUGUUGCUGGAGGAGAAGCGGGCCCUGGCCUCGCUCAAGAUCUCGAGCACUCCAGUCCCGAAGGCGGAGUGCACCCUCCCGAGCAGUGCCAGGGGUGACGCCACCAAGGACGACAUCGGGUGGAACUACCCGGCCCUUCCGGAACCCCGCCUGAUGAUUCCGCGAAGCGCGAGGACACCCGACGAAAAACCCCGGGUCGUCGGGGUCCACCGCUUCGUCGACUCCGGCAACCCGGUCUUGCGACGCCGAAGCAAGUCUGAAGACCGCAGAAAACUCCACCAGCAGCCGGAGUCGACGCACGAGAUUAUCAGCAACGGAAUCCUCCUGGACCACAGCGGCAAGGACGUGUCCGUCUGCAAUCCAGGCGUCCCGCAGUCGAAGCCUCAGGACCCCAGAAGGCUUAGGGCCCGCACUCCUUCUGACCUCAUGGUGCGGGCAAAGUCUCAAGAAUUCAAGAAACCCAGCGCGAACGUCUCGGAGCCUCAAAAACACGGGAGUGGCGACUUGCCCCAGCUUCGGGAAGGGUACAAGGGGAACUCCAAGCCUACACAAGCCGUCGCCAGGGCGAGUAGCGCGUGCCGGAGGGCAGCGUCUGCGGAAGUCAUCGAGCAAGAUGGCGAUCCGAGCGAUGCAUCAUCAUUUCCGGCGGCGUUCGCUGCUUACAAGACCAAUUUCAUUCUCCGCGGGCACGGCAACUGCGGCCUGUACUCCGGCAACACUGCAAAUAAGAAUGGCGGCGCCAAGGAAGUUCCUUGCAGCAGUUCGACGUCAACGGUCCCCUGCGCGAGCGACACCAUGAGUUCUGUGGUCCACCGCGAGAUCGCCGACGCCGUUCGACAAAUCGGUGGCUGGCUUUAGCGAGUCGUAUGUUGGAGAUUCAGUUCUUCGCCGUUUCUUGUGGUCUUUGAGUGGACUCUGCUACGCGUUAAGUAUAUAUACCGUCCGUCACUUCACCAUGGUCGCAUGACGAGUCUAUCCAUCAUUCAUAUACCGUCAAAAGAUAGGGCACUUAAAACUGGAGGUCUCCGUAUGAAAAAGCUUCUGCGCCAAUCGUUGGCGAAGGGUCUCUUGUAAAUGUGUCUGUGCGCGUUCGUGAAGUGUUCAAAAUGUACUGAGGUCAGCAUGCUCCAAAACUAGCACAUGGGCACCAUCUCAUUUGCUUGAGGAUACUGGUUAUUAGUAAGCAUUCCAGCUGCUUCAUCUUACAUGCAGUCCGAAGAAAGUUUUGCGGAGAGGUUCCGAUCAUGGGCCUGGUAACUUCGCUUCAACAAUCAGUCCUAACUCCAAGUCGAGUUGAAGGCAAAACUCAUUUGGGUCUAUGCUUGACACGGCGUAAAGCAUUUGCGUUCCUUACCAAAGUCAAUUGGUUGAGCGAAACGUUUGCUGAACUAGUUGAAAAGAAGCGGAACAUGUUUGUAUUCCCGGUGAACUUUGACUAUGGCUUGCCACUGAUAUAAAAUAAUGGCAGGUUAUAGGACUGAUAAUUUGUCUUUCUGUCGAAAGUAUCGCUGUUUGGGCUCAUUACGGUUUGCAAAUUUGUACUUCGUUUGUUGCGGUCUCUAUGAUUAAAAAAAUAGUAAUUCUCACAUGUGAGCAGCAUAACGGCAGCACUUUAUUUUAAAGAUUCAGCACCAUACUUCGAAUUUAUAAAUAAUGACAUAAACCAGCGUAAUUAUUUCAAUGUGCACACAGUGACUUUAUAUGAGGCCAUUCUUAACACUGUUAUCGACAGUCAUUUGAAAAAAGGCUGUCUUUAGAAUACGGAUUGUUUUUGUUUCUUAAAGGUUAGCACGCAUAAGUUCCGUUGAGCAUUUUUAUCUUCCACUCUUGCCACUUCUGUAAUUUAUACGACUACCACCUGUUUUUAUGAAUUUGCUUUGAUUUGACUUUGUCGCAGAAAAGCCCACAAAAAUAUACAUAGGUUCCUUUGUUAAACCUCUCCUUACGGUACCUUAACGACCAUCGGCAACUUGUCUAGCCGAUCGGUGCUUUAGCACCAGAGAAAAACACCUUUAAUCAUUUCAGAUGUUACCAGAUACCAUUAAAACAAUUGUGGGUGGUCAUAGCGUGGGAAAACAAGUACCAGCCAUUAUACCUAUUUCAGUAAUCCUGAUCAGAACCAAACUUGUCAAACUGGCCCAGACUUAAACAUUUACUUUUUAAUGUCUCUUUCUGUGCGCACUUGAAGUCAUUUCGCAAGCUUCUUUUUAAUGAAUCACAAUAACGUCUACCGUCGUUCCUUACCCUAUGGGGUCCUAUUUAUGUUACAUGUUUUAAAUCCAACUCAUCCCAGCAUCUCACCACUUCACAAUGUGAGGCUCCAGGCACUAUAUUACCGAUGCUGACUAGAGGCAGCAGCUCAAGGCAGUUUAAAAAGCUAGGAGCUGGACCCAUCCUCACCAUGGUGCAUGAAAAGCGCGUCUCCGACAUGUGUGUACCGAUUCCUAAAAAGUGAUUCCUCGAAGUUCCCCCUGACAACGUCAUAGAAGUGCCCCAAUGUCGCCGGUCGCGAUCCUGGCGGUGUCACAACAGCGAUGGUGGAUGUAGCAGACGCCUGUUCCGCUGCAGGUCUCCCUCCAGUGUAACAGUCCACGGAAGCUUCGACAGCCAGAAGUUGGGACGCCGCGACAACGGCGACACUCACGUUUGCUCGUGCUUUUUGCCCACCAACCACCAGGAUCGCGACAUCCGACAACAUUACACGCCAGCUUCCGUGACGUCAUUGGGUGCCACUUCAAAACCACUUUUGAUGUAUCGGCAAGCUAGGAUGCGUAACACACCAAUCAGAGACGCCCUCUAGGCACCAUUAAUGUCGACGAGUCAUACUCAUUAAACUCGUAAUCCAAAGCGUCAUUAGAUUAAUUUAACAUUGCUUCCAUCUAAGAAACCAGAGAAGGGGAGGAAGAGGUCUUCAAAACGUGAUGGCACUUGUUUCUUGUACAUACAUGUCCGGAGGCUGUACUGGGAGUAACUCCAAUUCUCGUCACCCUCUUGGCAGCCUCGUGUGCCCUUAUUUAAACAUGUUUUUUUGUACACAAAUGUGCUCGAUGUUUUCACGAGUUCUUCAUGUUUCGGUGUUGGGUUUCUUUUUGUUGGUGCUGCUCUUCCUCGUGUGUGGUGUUGAAGAUCUCUCUUUAUCGUGGUGGUGUGUUUUUGCACCUGGCGUCUGGAAGAGGCAGCGAUCCGUUAAGGAGGUAGUCAAUUUCCAUGGACUCAAUUGACUUCCUUCUUAAUUUGACACUUUGGCUUUUGGACCGGUUUUUAACUCUUCUGUUUUUCUUCUUUCAGGAGAGCGGGGAGUGUAGUUUAAGGAAGCAAUUCUUGUUUCGAUUUUACUUGGUUUUGUGCAGUGCUUCCCGUUGAAAUAAAAGAAACAGGUCGCGAUUUUCCUUGGGAACAAUAGGCAUUUUUUUUGUUUUGAGCGCGAUGUCGAAACUGAGGAAUAAAGGUGAUGCAAAGUUUGAUCUUG